AAACAGCUAAAGGAAGCAGAACAAAUACUGGCAACAGCUGUUUACCAAGCAAAAGAGAAACUCAAGUCAAUAGAAAAAGCAAGAAAAGGUGCUAUCUCCUCUGAAGAAAUAAUUAAGUAUGCACAUAGGAUUAGUGCAAGUAAUGCCGUGUGUGCCCCACUGACCUGGGUUCCAGGGGACCCACGGAGACCAUACCCAACUGAUUUAGAGAUGAGAAGUGGGUUAUUAGGUCAGAUGAACAAUCCUUCUACUAAUGGUGUCAAUGGUCACUUACCAGGGGAUGCACUUGCAGCAGGCCGACUACCAGAUGUCCUUGCUCCACAGUAUCCAUGGCAGUCAAAUGAUAUGUCAAUGAAUAUGUUACCACCAAAUCACAGUAAUGACUUUUUGUUGGAACCUCCUGGGCAUAAUAAAGAAAAUGAAGAUGAUGUGGAAGUUAUGUCAACGGACUCCUCAAGCAGCAGUAGUGACUCUGAUUAAAAAAACAUAAAAGAGUACAGAACUGAAUACUGUGGAAUUUUGUUUCUUAAACAAUAGCAGGGAAAUGUAAACUGCAAAUGUAUAAAGAAUAGCCAGGUAAAUAUUGGCAAUGGUGGAAUUGUGCAGCCCAUUAAAAAUCAAAGUGAACUUACUUUUUAAAGUCAAAAAUCAUGGUUUCAGUGAUAAUCCACUAGGCAAAUAUUUGGAGAAUAGUCAAAAUUUACUGUGAAAAAAAGAUUAUUUGUUCAGUGCUGUCUUAACCCUGUUCUGUUCCAAUUGUGCUGCAUUUGUACAACUGUUUAAAUAGUUCUGGAGAUAAGAUUUGAGGGAAAUGACCCAUGUAUGUAUGUACGUACCACUAAUAGGCUCCCUGGAAUUAUUUAGAAAAGCAUUUUUAAAAAAGGCAGUGGCUUACUGAAUAUGUGUCAUGUUUAAAAUAACAAAAACCUUCAUUUGAAAGUGAAGUCUCUUGGCUUCCAUUACAGGAACAGGGGAGAAAUUGUCUAAAUUUGUACUGUUUGUAAUUAUUGUAAUUUUUGUA